AUGUCGGCAGGUUCAUCGAAAAUAUUAGCGAAACGAGUACCACAACGAGUGGUCGAUGUUGCCGAAGAGGUACAAGAUUGGGAAAAUCACAUUAUAAUGCGAUUUCCUGAGGAUGUGGCCGACAAAAUAGGGAAAGUGGUGGAUGAGGGAAGUCGAGAGGAGUUAGCGAUAAGCUUUCAUCCCGAUAUGCGUACAGCAAACGUUCGCUUUGGACAGCGCAUUAUGUCUGGGAAACUCUACGAUCUUCCGUGUGUUUGUGAGGUUCGAACUUAA